AGGUCCUGACCCCUCCCCCGACCAUGAAAGGAAGCCGCAGGUACAAGCAUGUUAUCGAGACCCCGGACCCCGGGAAGUGGGAGCUGGCCGGGUAUGAGGAGUCUCUUCCCAUCAGUGAGAAGUCCAAUCCCAUCACCCGAGAACUGGACAAGGCCGACCCCAACCAGAUGGUGCAACUCCUACGGGACUGCGACGCCGAAAUAUUUCAGGAGGAGGACGAGACCAUCAUCACCUAUCAGAGGCUGUACAGUGAGUCCGUCCUGAAGACGGUGGGAGACAUCGCCAAGCGUGUGCAGGAGAUCAUAGAGAACCCCGACGACGGCCUCAUCGUCCUCAGCGGGUGCGGCACGUCCGGUCGCUUGGCGCUGCUCCUGGCGGUAAAUUUCAAUGGACACGCGGAGGGGGAUGUCCGAGAUCCAUGUUUGUUUUGGCAUCGGUGGAGAUGUUCAGUAACGUGUUGUCUUCGCAGGUCCGUGGUGGCGGCUCAGGAGGCGCCUGAUGACAGUCCGCUGCUGGGAGCGCAGGAGCUGGAGAGGGUGUGUGCCGGCAAGAAGAAGGUUGUCUACCUGGGCGUCUCCUGCAGCCUAUCGGCUCCCUUCAUUGCCGGACAGUUGGACUUCUGCAUGAAGAACUUGGAUGUCUUCCUGCCGGUCCUGGUUGGGUUUAAUCCAGUUGGUACAGCCAGUAAUGAGCAGAUUGAAGGCUGGACCUCCACCUUCCGGCAGGUGGCCGAGCGGAUGCAGAGCCUCCACGACACACAGACGGGCUUCGUGCUGAACCCGGCCAUCGGGCCUGAGGCCGUCUGCGGCUCCUCGCGUAUGAAGGGCGGCAGCGCCACGAAGAUCCUGCUGGAGACCCUGUUCCUGGUGGCCCACAAAGCCAGCUCCGAGGUGGAGGUGACAGAGAAGUGCUUCCUGGAGAUCCUGCGGACGUACGAGAGGGCCCACAAGGUGACCUACGCCCACAGCAAGAAGAUAGCUGCGCUGCUCAAGCAGUCCGCCACCAGUCUGCAGAAGACGGGUCACCUGUACAUCCUGGGCUGGGGGACGCUGGGAGUGAUGGCGAUCAUGGACGCGGCAGAGUGCGUGCCCGCCUUCCAUGCAGAUUGGAGAGACGUGCGCGGCUUCAUAAAUGGAGGAUAUCAAACCAUGGAGAACAAGGACGGGGACCUGAGCUCUCUGGGAGCCGAAUUUGCUGUCUCCCAUGAAGACUUUGUGAAGAGCGUCCUCCCCUCCCUAUCCGAGAUGGACACCGUCCUCUUCCUCUUCACCAUUGAUGAUGAGGUCAGCGAGGUGGAGAAGCUGGUGGAGCUGGUGAAGGAGAAGACAUCGAACAUCCACGCCGUCUCCCACUCCAUAGCGGGACAAUACCUGCCGAAUUCCACCAAAAAGAUCAUCCCGAACAUCAUCAGUAUCAUGUGGCCCAUCCUGUUCCUGGAGUACGAGGGAGCCUUCAUCCAGAAGUUUCAGAGGGAGCUGAGCAGUAAGUGGAUCCUGAACACGGUGACCACCGGGGCCCAUGUCCUGAAGGGCCAAAUAUACCGAAACUUCCCGGUGGACUUCAGAAUCAGUAAUUCCAAACUCUUUCACCGAGCAAUCUCCAUCCUACAGCGACUGACAGGACACUCCCAGAGCCGGUGCACUGAGGCCCUUCUCCAGGCCGUCCACGGAGAACCGGUCCUGAGUGAGCAGACCAAGAACACCGACAUCUCCAGACAUGUGGGCGUGGCUUCAUCGAAGGACAAGGUUCUUCCCGUGGCCAUCGUGGGCCUGUUGCGGAAUUGCUCCAUUCAGGAGGCCCGGACCCGCUUAGACUCCUCGGCCACCGUGCGUGCCGCCAUAGAAGCAUCGCUCAACGUUCCUGGAAGGAAAAGGGGGGCGGAGAGCUCGGAGACGGCCAGGCGCAGCCGAUAGGUCCUCAGGAGUCACAUGGGUACUUUUUAUAG